AACAUUUCUUCCCGAAAAUUGUUGGAAGGGAAAGGAGGUUUAAUCCACCGAGCACUUGGUGUCGUACGUGUUCUUACUCACCGAAUUCCAAGCCAUAAACGACCGAAGAAUGGAGUCCGGUACGAAGGACGACUCCAUAGAGAAGUUCAGGGGUUUUCACAUUGAUGAUGAUGGCGACGAUGAAGUGCAAGAGAUCAUUGUUGAUGAAGAUGAUGACGAAGACGAUGAGGAUGACGAUGAAGAUGAACAACAACCUGUAACCCUAGGUUUCUUAGAGGAGAAAGAGUAUGACUGGUCACUUCUCCGCCAAUCCUUUCCCAGCAAGGCUGGUGGCGUACCGGCAUGGUUGGAUCCUGUCAAUUUGCCCUCCGGAAGGUCAUCUGCUUGUGAUAUAUGUGGCGAACCUUUGCAAUUCGUACUUCAGGUAUAUGCACCAAUAUCAGAGAAGGAAUCGGCAUUCCAUCGGACUUUAUUUGUGUUUAUGUGUCAAUCAAUGACUUGUCUUCUCCGAGAUCAACAUGAGCAGUGGAAACGCUAUCCAGAGAAGGCUUCUCGGAGUGUGAAGGUUUUUUGUUGUCAAUUGCCUCACCUCAAUCCUUUUUACCCAAGUGCGCCCCCAAGAUACGAUGGGACUGACAAACCUUCUGGAACUGGAGCCAAGCUCUGUAAUUGGUGUGGUACCUGGAAGGGAGACAAAGUCUGCAGUAGUUGCAGAAAAGUACAUUACUGCUCACAAAAACACCAGGUCACGGACUGGCGCUUGGCUCAUAGAAUUGAUUGCCAGCGGCUGAGCCUCUCUUCCCAGUCCUCUGACUCUUGCAGUAGUAAUGGUGGAACCACUUCUUCAGAGAUUCAAAAAGUUGCUAGCAACACCUUGUGGCCAGAGUAUGAGAUACGAAAUGUGGAUGAAAGCGAGUAUGACACAGAAAUGAUGGAAGACAAUGGACAUGCUAGUUCAUUGAUAACAAGUAACAGAGUGGAUGACACCAUGAAUUCAUUGUUGCAAAAAUUUGAGGGUGACAGUGACAAAAAAAGUUGGGCCUCUUUCCAGCAGCGUAUUGUUAAGGCCCCCGAACAAGUUGUGAGAUACUGUCGGGAUGCUGGUGCUAAACCUCUAUGGCCAAUGUCGAGUGGUCGUCCUUCUCAAGCUGAUAUCCCUAAAUGCCGCUAUUGUAAUGGUGCAAUGAUUUUCGAGUUUCAGAUAUUGCCUCAGCUGCUUUAUUAUUUCAAUGUGAAGAACGAUGCAGAUUCUCUUGAUUGGGCAACUAUAGUUGUAUACACAUGUGAAUCCUCUUGUGAGGCAAGUGUGGCUUAUAAGGAAGAAUUUGCUUGGGUCCAGCUAUACUCUCCAUCUGCUUCUGUACCUUGAUAAUGAUAGAAGAAAUGAAUUUUUUGUGUCGCUAGUGUGUCGUGGAUAGAUUUUGAUUGCAAAUUGUAACUAGUUUUUCUAUCAACUUUGGUACUUUACAGAUUUGUUACACUGCAGGUAAGGAGGAGUGUAACAGAUGAAAUUUUGUUCUAGGCACAAAUAUUUAUGUAUUUUUUGCCCUUCCCCCCUCUCAGUUUGUUUUAUGUACCUGAUAGAGUCUAUAUUUCCUUUUGAGUGUAUUUCCAUUUGGACGGAUUGUUCUUGUUGAUACAUGUACUGAUGCCACAUUUCUUU